AUGAUGUCCCGGCAAAGACCCGCCAAGUGGCGGGUGCAGAAUCUCCGCACGUGGCUUCAGAACAAUCAUCGGGCGAUCAGCGACAAUGAGGUAGACUUCCUCGACCAGAUAUAUGAGGAGGAGCUCUUGGGAAUUGCUGACAAGAAUCGCUCGCGUCUGGCUACCUGGCUGGAUUCCUUUUUCAUUUGGCUUUCUAAGAAAGACCGUUAUGACUGGUUUAAACGCUCCGAGCCAGACAUGGACGCCAUUCACAAGGAAACCGUCUUCACCAGUGAUGAUGACAAGAGCCUCGAAUCGUUCAGUACAAAUAGCAAGCUUGGCAUUAUUACAGCGUUCAUCUUGUCCUUCAUUGUGCUGCUGUGGAUGGCUACAACGGCUGGUCCAUUACGAGUGCUCGCAGGCGCAGCGGCUUACAGCGCCGUCUUGGUUGCCUUCCUCCAGCCCGCAGAACGCCCUGGCCCUCCUCCCUCUUAA